GUGGUAGUGAUGUCCGUCAUCUCGAGCAUUGUGAUAGUUCGAUUCCCCAAUAUCGAUCCCCAAUGCUUUUCAGCGAUCAACAUGCUUCGCGAAAAGCCACCUGGUACAUUCGUCGUUCGCGACUCUAACAGCUUCCCGGGAGCGUUCGGACUCGCACUGAAGGUCGCCACGCCACCUCCAGGAGUUGCACCAGGCGACGGAACUGAGCUUGUUCGACAUUUCCUGAUCGAACCUUCACCAAAAGGUGUGAAGCUGAAGGGAUGCAACAACGAGCCAGUGUUUGGGUCGUUGUCAGCCCUCGUUUACCAACAUUCUAUCACACCGUUGGCAUUGCCAACUAAAUUGCUACUUCCUGAAUACGAUCCGGCCAUCACUCCCGAGCAUAUCUCGGCCACUCAAGCACUUCUGGAACAGGGUGCAGCUUGUAAUGUUGCCUACAUUGGUAGUAUGGACUGUGAAUCGCUGACAGGAGGCGAGUGCGUUCGACGUGCAGUGGCUGGAACCGUCGAGGAUACGCAACGGGGAAUCACUCGGCCGGUGUCCGUCCAUUUCAAGGUUUCAUCACAAGGAGUUACUUUAACAGACAACACAAGGAAGGUAUUCUUCCGUCGUCACUUCCCCGUAAAUUCCGUCAUAUUCGCCGGAAUGGACCCGUCAGAUAGAAAGUGGGUCAACAAAGACAUGAGCGGUUUCAAUGACAUUGCUUUUCCAUCGUCUGUGGAGAACGCCUGCCAUGUUUUUGCGGAGCUUGAGCCGGAACAGCCAGCGACGGCAGUCGUGAACUUCAUCAACAAGGUUCUGUUCGCAAGUAGGCGAACCUGA